AUGGAGCCCGCUCCUCAAAGUGUUGGACAGCAAGGCAGGCAGCAACAGCCGCAGCCGGUAUAUGACAUCAGGAAUGGCGGUCAUUACGGUGCUAGUGCAGCGCUCUCUGCGCAAGGCUACGCGCCAGUCGCCGAGCUAUACACGGGUACCUGGGCCAACGUGAACCAAGGUCUCCAGGGGACUGCCCGUGAUAUCCUAACGACCUACUGGCAACAUGUCAUCAACCACCUCGAAUCCGAUAACCACGACUACAAGAUCCACCAGCUGCCAUUGGCUCGCAUCAAGAAGGUGAUGAAGGCCGACCCAGAGGUCAAGAUGAUUUCCGCCGAGGCGCCUAUCUUGUUCGCAAAGGGUUGCGAUAUUUUCAUCACUGAGCUCACUAUGCGCGCCUGGAUCCACGCCGAAGACAACAAGCGUCGCACGCUACAGCGCUCAGACAUUGCCGCCGCUCUUUCCAAGUCCGAUAUGUUCGAUUUCCUGAUUGACAUUGUUCCCCGUGAAGAGGCGACUUCGCACGCCAAACGGUCCAGCCAGGCCGGUGCUACCGCGCCAGGUCCCUCCACUGCCCCCAUGCAAACUGCGCCCCACGGCGUGCAGCCACACCAGCACAUGGGCCCUGCAGACUACGGCGCUCUGGGUCAACAUGGCAUGCCUCAAGAGCAGGAAUAUCGCCCGCAGCCUGCCAUGUAUCCCGGUGCGGUCCAAUCAGACCCGACUGCGGCGUACGGUCAGCCCCAGUCUCAGAUGUUCGAGGGGAUGUAUGCCUACCCACACCUUCCUCCCCAGCAGGUAUGA